AAACAUGCGACCAAUGCGUUAAGAUAACAGAAUGUGCACCGGCUAUGAAUGAUCUCCGCACAAAUCGCAGUCCGGCGACAGUUAAAAAAGUGCAUGAUGCACUUUGUGGUUUUGAUGGCAUUCAAAAGGUCUGCUGUUCCGAUUUCUUUUCAAGUCGAUCUUUGAUUGAAGAAGUAGAAACAAAUGUACAAUCUUCUGGAGACGGAAUUGAAAAUCAUCGUAACAUCGGUCUUUUACCUACUGAGUGUGGUGAUAUAGAUGGGACCAGAAUUGUCGGCGGAGUCACUGCGGGCUUGUAUGAGUUCCCGUGGCUGGCCCUCAUUUCUUACAGAGACGCUGAAAAUAAGGGAUCUUUGCCGUUUAAAUGUGGUGGAACCGUUAUAACUUCGAGAUACGUACUGACGGCUGCCCAUUGUAUCGUCUACCAACAUGUAGCUGGAGUUAGAAUUGGUGACUACGACAUUAGCCAAAAAGAGGAUUGUGUGGGAGAGGAGGAACUCCGUGAAUGUGAAACAAAAUAUCAGGAUAUCAGCGUAACUCACACAAUUGCUCACCCCCGGUAUGUUACACGACCUUAUGUCUUAAAUGACAUUGGCCUGCUACGUCUGGCCAGAACUGUGGACUUUACUGUCAGAAAUUCAGGCUCAAUAUGUUUACCCGUAACAAAAGUACUGCGAGAUAAAGAUCUAGCAGGUGAGCGAGGUAUCGUAGCUGGCUGGGGUAUGGUCAACAGUACAACUAAAUCUAAUAUUCUUCUUAAAGUUGAACUGCCUAUAUUCUCAAAAACCACGUGCAACACUUAUUACAAAAGAUCUCCACGAUCGAAAGGAAUUGAAAGAAUGACAAAUACGUUUUGUGCUGGUGAAAUAGGUCACGAUUCUUGCAAAGGUGACUCUGGGGGACCUAUGAUGCUUGAAUCAUUGUACGAUAAUACGUUCAAAUUUGUUCAGUAUGGUAUCGUGUCUUAUGGGCCUCAGCAGUGUGGCUCAGAAAAACCUGGAGUAUACACUGAUGUACGAAAAUUCUUAAAAUGGAUUUUGGAUACAAUUAAACCAUAAAAAGAAAUGAAACAAAUAUAUAUUUCAUAUAAGAUUA